AUGACACCGCCCACAAUACAGGUGACGCACACGUCGUCACCGCGCUCGCACAAGAUGAUCAUCUCGCCGCCUCGAAUCAACCUGCGGCGUGCCGCCUCCUACAACAACUCCGACAGGGGACCGCUAUCCUCUACAUCCUCCCGGUUCGGCUUCGACCACCUCGUCUUCAACUCACCCCCGCCCUCGCCGGGUCUGCCCCUGCCGCAACAAGCUCCCCGGAUGCGGAAACCCUCCAGCUCGCCCCGCCCGAGCCGCGUCUUCCGGUGCUUGCUAUGGCUCUCCGGCUUUCUUCUCAUCCUUUACCUGGCCGCUCAGUCCAUCCGGCAAGGCCAGGUUGUCCCCGUCAUAGGCUGGGGCAGGGCCUUGGACGAGGCCUACGAGAUGGUCAGUCAGGACGAUCUGCCGGACUUCCCUACGCCUAUCGUGGUGACCGACCGGAGGGGACGGGCAAAGUGGACUGUCUCGAUUCCAUCCAGUUACCACUACCCUCUGACGCCUAAGGAGUAUAGCGAUGUGUGCGCCAAGUGCAGGGAGGUGGCCAUGAGGGUUCACGCGCUACACACGCACAGCCCUGUCGAGAAGGCGCAGAUCACUUUCAACCGAGGUGAUGCGGGGAACGACCGGUAUUUUAUGGACGUGAAAGAAGCAGAGAAGCAUGGAUUCUUACCUGGCGCGGUCGGCAUGGUGCCCGGCCGCGGUGGUGACCUUCUGGGUGUGGACAAGAAUGACAUGGGCGACAAGCCGGCGUGCACGUCAAGCCUGACGUUUGUUCUGGAAUCAGACGACGCCGGGUUAGGAAAGACUUUGAUGUCGCUAUGGACUGCUUACGGCCUCGCGCAGCGGGAGGGGCGUGCCUUCUUCGUCGAGGACGCAAGGUGGGCGUAUGGCGAGUACGUCAACAUCUUCGAAAUGCCCCCCGUACCGGCCUGCCGGCCCCCGCCGCGGCACGAGAUGAUCCCCUGCCCGCGCAACGCACGGCACCUCAUCGUCUCCUCGGCCAACGCGCGCGACAUUUUCGGCGCCCAUGUCCCGGACGGCGACACCUACGCUGAGGGCACUGCCGCCAGCUUGGACCGCCGCCCUGCGCAGCGCGAGCUAUUCGCCCUGGCGCGCGCCGGCUACGAGGCCCUCUUCCGCCUCAACGGCGACGACCGUGACUACGUCUCCAGCCGGGUCGCCGAGCUGAAGGCCAGGACCAAAACUGCUGCCGAGGGUGCUCCGGCGCACGGCAGCAAUGGUAGGAUCGUCGGCGUGCACGUGCGCCACGGUGACCGCCACCCGCUUGAGUUCCAGUACGCCGACAGCUACAUCCCACUGGCGGCCUACGCCGAUGCCGCACAUGCGCGGCUGAACGCCACACUGGGCGGCGGUGACCACGCCCCCGCCUCCAUGGCGAGGACCAAGUCCCUCGUGGUCCUCGCGUCCGACGACCCGCUCGUCUACGACGCCGACGAGUUCCGCGGCGCCGCCCGUGCCCAGGAGCAGAUCCGGCUCGCCGGCAAGGAGGAGCUGCCGCCGCAGAGCUCGCGGCCCGAUAAGUCGGUCAUGCACAAGUUCGUCGACGAGACCUUCGGCUGGGAGGGCGGCUUCUUCGCGGCCAUGUUUUGGAACCUGGGGCUGUCCGCAGCUGCGGCAGCCAGCAACAACGCGGCCGGCGUGGGGCCGCCCGCCGGUGCCGAGACCAUCCGCCUUAGGAGCUUCGUCGGCCGCGCGUACCUGAUGGACCUGGCCGUACUGUCAGACCUGACCGAAGGCGGCGGCGUGGUGUGCGCCGUCGGCGCCAUGGGGUGCCGUCUGCUGGCUGUCAUGAUGGGCGCCGAGAGGGCUUUUAACAAGGGCGAGUGGGUCAACGUCGACGGCGAGUUCGGGUGGACGGGGGCCACGUGGGUGUGA